GAGUCCCGACCGUGCACAUCAAUUUGCGCAUCACUGUCAGAGCCGAACAAAUCCUAAGCACGCCUCCUGAUUUCCUCCGCCAUUUCGCUAACACGGCGUCAUCGCCCCAUCGGGCUUAGUUUCAUCCACAAAUCACCUCCCCGUCUCGCCUAGGAUCCAAAGGCAAAGGGACCAAUCAAACGCGGAGAAGACGAGAGCUUCAGGACUUCUAGGAGCCAGUCCAAGAACUGGACCUUGUUGGGACAACGGACCGGCCAUGGCGCCGCCGCCGCCACCAAACGAAGCGGACCUCGCCGCGCCGGCCGCGUUGCGGGCGCCGGCGGACGUGAUCUCCCGGGUCUUCUCGCAGCUGGACUGCGUCGACCUCCUCAGCUGCUCCCUCGUCUGCAGGCAGUGGUGCCGCGAUUCUGCGGAGCUACGGGAAGAGUGGAGGAUGGAGUACAUGGACGCCUGGAAGCUGCAGGGUCUCAGCGUCAAGUCCGAUGCCCGAUCGCCGUGCCCAACUUGCUCCAUCAGAAGCCUGCGAACCUGGUGCCCUUGACCUUCAACCAGGCAGGGCACUGGAGUUGCAUCAGUUUGCCACAAGCAUACUCAGUGUCAGUGCUACCAGUACAAGACCAAGCUUUAUCAUGUGUGCAUACAUGCUUGAUAAACUGUAUUGAAUUUACAGUGUGCAGUUGUACAGUUAUACACUUUAUCAGGAAUUAAGAGUGUGGACUGCAAUUGUAGCAAUUUUCAUUCA